UCCAUGCAUGUGGCUGUUUCCUCGUAGAAUAAGGUUUCGUUCUUUUGCCUCCGCGCUUUGUGAGAAUUUUUCUCCUGUUAUUGUUAGUCGAUCGGUGAUGGACAAGGCUGGACUUUUCCAAAGUAUUGGUUUAAGCGAGCAGAAAGCUCAGGAAACACUGAAGAAUGAUGCGCUUUCGAAGCGACUGGAAUCCAUCAUAACUUUGGUGAAAGAAAAAUCCACAGACGCGAUUGAAAAACCCACUGGUGUUUUGAUGUACUCCUUGGCAAGCAGCAAUAUCAAAGAUGAAUCACAGAUCAAGUUUGUUAGUAACUACAUUGCAAACAAGAAGUUGGCAUCUGCGAUACAACUGACAGCUGCAGUGGAUUUUAUGAAGGCCAAUCCAGUUUUGCCUGUUGAUGUGGCUGCCUUUGAAAAAAAUUGUGGUAUUGGAGUAAACAUCACACCUGAUCAGAUUGAAGACUGUGUUGAAGAACUUAUCAAGAAACACAAGGAAGAAUUGUUGAAGAAACGCUACAAAUUCAAUGUUGGAAUAAUAAUGGGAAAGGCGAGAGAGAAGUUAAAGUGGGCAGAUGGAAAAGCUGUGAAAGCAGAAAUUGAUAUGCAGAUCUUAGAUUUGCUUGGACCUAAAACUGAAGCAGACAUGCAGGCUUUCAAAACAAAGGAGGCCAAGCCCAGCAAAGAGGGAAAGCCAGCAAAAGAGUCUCAUCCUGCAGCUGUAGAGGUUUCAUUGAAUGGUGAUACUGGAGAUGAUGAAACAAGUUCUUUGUUUGGAGAGGCAAGCAAGUUCCACAAACCAGGUGAGAACUACCUUACACCUGCCUAUGUUGUAACCCCUAAGACAAUGACACUACUAAAGGAACAUUUAGAAAGAACUGGAGGAAGAGUGCAAACAAGAUUUCCUCCUGAACCCAAUGGCAUUCUUCACAUUGGUCAUGCCAAAGCUAUCAACUUCAACUUUGGUUAUGCAAGAGCCCACAACGGUGUUUGCUGCUUGAGAUAUGAUGACACAAACCCAGAGAAGGAAGAGGAGAAGUUUUUCACAGGAAUUUUGGAUUUGGUCAAAUGGCUUGGUUUUGAACCAUGGAAGAUAACCCAUGCUUCAGACAAUUUGAAAAAUUGUAUGAUUUUGCUGUAGAGCUCAUCAAAAGGGGACAAGCAAAUGUGUCUGUCACCAGCAGUAUGUAGAAAUCAAGGGCCACAAUCCCCCACCCAGUCCCUGGCGGGACAGACCAAUAGAGGAAUCACUGAGGCUGUUUGAGCUUUAAGUUGGGAGCCCCGUUAGGCGCGCAUGUCUCAGAAGGCUGUCAACCGCUGGUUCCAGGCCGUGACUCUCCUUCGCAACCCAUCUCUUGUCAAGUUCCGCCGCCAAGGCCGCCAUUUCACGGCGUCUGUUGUGACUCUUGGAAGCGUCAACUUUAAUUUGACGUUCCAAUGUAAAACUUUGAGACUAACUCAGCAGGAAGAAUACUGUUCGCUCGAUGUGGUUCUCUUUGCCGGAGAUCUGCUAUGGUUUGGGAUGAAGAUCACAAAA